AUGAGAUUUGUCACUAAUCAUGAGAGCCAGCGCCCAAUUUUUAGCAUUUUCUGUGAUAACGAAGGCAACUACAAAAGUAGCACCUAUGACAACAACCUCAAAUUGACUAUAACUGAGAGAGCUGCAUCAGAUGACUCGCGUCGUAAGUAUGCUGCGGGUCAUACAAAUGAUACAGAUUUUGAAACCACAUAUGGUGUGGUGCAGUACACUCCUGAUUUCUCUGACCGUGACUGCAAUAACCUCUCGAUUGGAGAAAUCCAAGAUUGUUGUAAUGCCAAGAUAGACGCACACCACCCGCCACUAACUCAGCUUUCCCAAGCUACAUGUCAUUAUACUUAA